AUGGUAGAUAUUAGACAGUUUGACAUGAAAGAAAUUAGCGAUGAAGUUGUCCGCAGGUUGGAUUUUGGUGAUUUGGAGUUAGCGUAUCAAUUUUAUUGUUGGUAUGCUAAAAUGAGUGGAAAGUUACAACCUCCAAUACAAGGAUACGAAAAGAAAAAAAAGAAAGCAGGUGUGGUUGUGAAGCAAUGUUUCGUGUUCAUGUGCAUUUUUCGACGGAUCGAUGGACAUAGGAAGAUGUCGGCAUCUGAUAUUAUGCAAGUUGAAAAUUAUAGGAAAGUUGGCAUUAGACCUCCGCACAUGUACGCAACAUUUGUCAAUCAAUGUGGUGGAUAUGAGAAGGUGGGGUUUAUCAGGAAAGAUAUUUACAAUGAAGAAGGGCGCAUGAGGAGGCAACAUAGUUCAGAUGCAAGGGGUGCAUUGAAGUAUUUAUAUGAUUUACGCAAGAAAGAGCCAAUGAUGUAUGUUUCAUGCACCGCGGAUGAAGAGUCAAGACUACAACGGUUGUUUUGGUCUGAUACUGAUAGCCAAUUGCUUUAUCAGGUAUUUGGUGACGUUCUGGCAUUUGAUGCCACUUACAAGAAAAAUAAGUAUUUGUGCCCUUUUGUUGUUUUCUCUGGUGUGAACCACGACAAUAGUUUUUGCUGCUGCUAUUGUGACUGA